AACUGCUUCGAAUCUGCUUCGAAACAUUUUUAACAACUUCAACAAUUUAUCUUAUAAAUACAAAUUUUUAAUCGACAACUUAAUUAUUAUGCCGUAAAGUAAAUUAAGAUCAAAGGCAACAAUGAUUUACGUUAAUAGUUUUUAAAUAGUUUCCAAAUUGCACAUCUGUAGGUUUAUCUCUUAAUAUAACCGUUAGUUUUCCCGACAGCCAUUUUUACCCGCACGAUAUUUUGCGAGAUAAUAAAGGCUUGUCUCGUCAUUCUGUCUUUUACAUAAGUCGUAUAUUGCAUUUGGAAUGCAGAUACUAAAACAUAUGAUGACAGCAACAUCACCAAUCGCAUAAAUCACCAACCGCAAAAAUAACUGUUAUACUAUCGAAACGAAGAAACCGAUUCGAGCUGUGAAUGAUGAGUCUUUCUUUUUUUUCUUACCGAAAGAAUUGUGGCGAGAAGUAAAAUUGCGAAAUAUUAGACCGAUUCUUCGAACAUGGAUAAAUAUUAACGGAUGGUGAAUGCAUAGAAUGUCGUCCUCCUAUUAAUUUAAUAUUCCGUAGCUCAGACAGCACAAAGUUCUUGAGUACUUAGCCAAAACUUUCCAUCCACAGAUUUGAAGGACGCGUGCCAGUUAGUCUUUCCAUUUAUUCUUCUGUCAACUUCGCGUAAAUUUAUUUAUAUUAUCGUACCUAUCACACGCUUCGCCCAAUUUUCGUUAUUCGUAUACAUGAAACCUGCUACCUCUAUAUAAUGGGCUCUUUAUAUAGUGACAUAAACAUUGUUCUUUCUGUUUUGGCAUUCAAUGAAUAACAAGGAUAAAAUGAUAUUUGUGUCACUAAAUAAGAAUCAUUAAAUACAUUUAAAUAUAAUUAAAUACAUUUUUCGUCUCUUCGUGUUCCCCUCCUCCCCCCCCUCGUCCGUAAAGACAGGAGGAACGUUGCAUAUUUAAUUACUGCCGUGCGACAUGCCCUUUCGCGAGGAACAUAUUUCAUUACGAGUAAGUAAAACGUAUAUUACGACAUGUAGAUGUAGGUAUUUGUUCAUAAUACGCUUCUUUCUCGCAUGCAUUUUUAUGCAUGAGGGAGCGGCCUCGAGAAGCAAAUGAAAAAAAAAAGAACAACAGCGAAACAGUUGCUCGAAGUAUCGGAUAAGCGAAACAGUUGCUCAAAGUAUCAAAUUGCAAAGUACAUUUGAGUCCUCUCUGAGGUACCAUUCGGUACGAUACAAAGUUUUACCCCUGAAUACGUAAGUUUUUAACUGCCUAGAUUACAUAUAUAUCUCUCGAUGACUUCAUCAGUUCUUUUGAAACUUAAGCUUAAUUUUUUACGUUACAUCUCUUAUGUCAUUUUGCUUAUUGCUUUAUCGACAUCUUGCGCGCUAAUUGCUUGCGUAGUUCGCAAUAACAUGAUUUUACCGAUAGAAUAAUUCGACAUUUUCUUUCGCGAGACUUUCGCCAUCGACCAUCAUGACAGUGAGUCGUUCUCGUUCGACAUCGAACAUGAAUUAUCAGAGAAAAAAGAAACAGAAUACAUAAGAAAGAAAAAAAAAAAGAGAAAAAUCUUGCGAUGCAGUGGAACGAGACGAGCAUAGACGCGCGAGGGUAGAAAUUCGCCGCAGAUGUAAUGGAAUUGAUUGUGCCAAGGGGUUGUCUUUGCGGUGUUACAGGAUGCAGGCGGCGCUUAGCAUCAAGCGUCAACGAGAGCGCCGGGAUCAGCAGCGUCGCGCGCGCGAUCGUCGUAAUAGCGCGCAAUCGAACGAAAGCGGCUUGACGUUGUCUAAAACCUCGAUCGGAUUGCUGGAUCGUCAUGGUAAACACAAAGACACGCAGAGCGAGACGUGCGCCGGCCAGGAGGGUAUGCUGGUGAUCAUCUCGACCGGGAUACUAUACAUCGGCGUGAUGUUCCUGAUGCUAGGCGCCUUCCUGCUUACGGGCGGUCUAACGUGGGGCGAUCUCUCCCAAUGGGGUAAGAAGACGACCAGCAGCUGGUGGAACGCUCUGAUCGUGGUCGGUCUCUUCGCGAUCGUCACCGGCAUCCUGCUUAUUGCUCUGAACAGCGUGUUGACGAAGAAGGAGGAGAAACGUCUCAAGAGAUACAUUCAGGGGCAGCUCAUCAGGUCCCGGUCUGAUUAUCAAUUGAACCGAGACGUGAAGACCGGCGGUUUGAUCACUCCCCAAGCUAGACAGGCGAGGCAGAUGUCGGACACCUGCCUCGAGAUCAAGGACAACGGCUCGCCGGGACGCAGCCCGCCGUCGCCGUACACGCCGCAGAUCGUGAUCAGCGAUGACAAUCAGUCGGCUGUUCAGACAAGCACGCAGUAUCUGGAGCGGAUCACCGAGGAGGAGAUCGUCCGCGACCGCGUCGAGACCUCGACCGCCAAUAGUCUCUGCCCGGGGUCGCCUCGACCGAGCGAGACUCGGAAGUUGCUGCAAAAGCGAUUCUCGAAGCAAAACAGGAAUCCGCAACAAGUUCACCUGAAGAGCUAGUAAAAUCGAGAAAGAGAGACGGAAGCGACGCG